AUGGAGAUGCGUGAAGUGAAUCGCACUUUCGAUGCUGCGGAAGAAACUGCAGAACUUUUGCCAUCCUCCCAUCAUGAUGAUACCGAAGUCGAGAGCUAUUUCAUCGAAUACGCUAUUCAAAAGGAAAUGAUAAAUCGUAAUCGAUGUCCAGCCAGUCGUCGUUUGCUCAGUCAAAGCGCCCAUUUGGCAGAUUUUAAUUUUAUCAAUGGUAAUCAUCAGAAGGAUUCGCCUUGCAUCGGUAUCAGUAUGAUACAUACGUCGAACGCGAAUUGGCCUCCUUCCAGAAAAAGAGAAGAAGCAAAAGCAUUGGAAAAUCUUCGAAAACGAGUGGAACAGUCAAAAUUGUAUAAAGCGAAUAGAAUUUCGGAUAACAGUGGAUCAACGUCUGCGUCUCUGGUUUUGAAAGACGGUCGAGCCGAGCAACUUGAUAAUCGUCCGAAGCUUUUGAGAAAGAUCCUGAGUAACAGACCGAUGAGUAUCGCGCAUGACAGUAAUGACUUGGAAACUGACUGGCGGGAUAGUGAAUUUAUUACAGAAUGUUUAUGCUGGCACAAUGUAUAUCGACAACGACACAAUGCACCGCCUUUAACUAUGUCGCCGCAGUUAUGCGAGUAUGCUCAAACGUGGGCCAAUCACUUGGCACACACAAACACAUUUUAUUAUAGAAACGAUCGAGAGGUGGGACAAAAUCUUUAUUGCCGACCCGGUGGAGCAAUUAGUACCGAUGUAACAGGGCAGGAUGUUGCAUCCUACUGGUACUCCGCGGUGAAACAGUAUGAUUUUUUAAAGGAACCUGAUAUUCUUCAUGCCAACGUGAAUGCAGGUCAUUUUACGCAAUUAAUUUGGGCAAGCAGUCGUUACUUUGGAGUCGGAAAAGCUCGCAGUAGAAGUGGCAAAGUUAUCGUAGUUGCCAAUUAUCAACCCGUUGGCAACAUAUCCGGACAAUUUCAGAAUAACGUUUUGCCACCAUUACCCGAAAAUAUAAAUGUACCUUUAUCGCCACCGCUCCAGCCUUCCACGAAAAUUUUUCGGGAACAUUAUCUUGCGUCCGAUUCACCGCCACUAGCGUCGUCCUCGGUGCCACUUUCGGACACCGCAUCGACGGAUAGUGAUCCGUCUUCUGUCAGUUCCACGCAAUAA